UUUCAUAAUUAGACAUAAGUGCACCGUCUACAAAUUAAGGCGAUAAAUUAGGUUGUAUGCACUUUGGAGCCACUCAGAUUUUAAUUAAAGUUAAAGGUUUGACAGAAAUUGAUUUUCAUUGAUGAAUUAGACACGAGCUUUAAAAGAGUUUGUUUUCGAAGGAUUGGAUUGAAAGAGUUGAUUGCUGAAUUGUGUGGGGAAGAAGAGAAGGUAAGAUGUAUAGGUGUUUAGGGCACAAUUGCAUAAACAUUUGAAAAGUUGAAGGAAAUGGGGAGGGCUCAGCGGCGCCAUAUAUUCAUAGCUCUAGGGUUCCUUUUGCUUGUGGGAAUCGCCAUUCACUUACGCCUUUGGGCUAUCCAUCGGAGAAUCUCUUCCAACGAUUCCCAGCUUUUGAGACAACAAUUUGAUCUUGCUAACAGAGAAGCUAUGGAUGAAUCUGCAGAGUGGAGAAGAAGGUUUGAUUUGGAGUUUGAUAAGGCUGCCAAGUGCUCUACGGAACUCGAACAAAUGAAGAAGGCCACUGGAGAAAAAACAAAGGUCCUGAACAAGAAAAUGGAAAUGUUGCAAAAGGAAAAUGUGGAUUUGCUCGAGCGAGUGGAGUCGUUGAAGCAAGAGCUUGAAUCGGAGAAACUAAAAUGCAGCCUGCACAACAUGUGAUGCCCGAUUUUGCUUGGCGCUUUCAAACAUUUUUGGAUCCUCGAAGCCCCAGACUCGAUCCGAUACCAAUGCUCAUUAUUUUGUGUUGUCAAUGCCGAUUGUCUUUGCAUUUGAACAUAUUUAUGAAUACGAAAAUGUUUGUCCAGCGGUAUAAACGAAUAUGGUUCUACUGCA